UUACGUUUAUAGCAAAAUUGAUCUGUAUGAUCAUUUUGAAAAAAAAUGUGUAAAUGAAGAUUCACGUACGUGCCCAAACUUUUACAAUCUAUGUAAAAUUUACCAUCCUAAAGAUGUAUUACCUCGGAUUAAUUGCCAUAAUGCACUUAAGGAUAAAUAUAUAUUGCCAUCUGCAGUUACAAUAAUAGAAAAACCACAAUCAGCUGAAGGAUUAGUUUCUGCAGAAUUAACAAGGGAAAAUACUUUUUCUAACGAUUCGCCGAGAGAAACUGCCAAUUCCAGUCCUAUACCAUCCUUUGGUAAUGCACUCCUUGGUAUAGUAGCAACCUUCAAUGACAUCUG